GAACAAGAACUUUUAUCAAUGUGAAAUAUAAAUAUACACAGAAAUAGGCCACUACUCCUUAGUUACGCUGUCGGAGACUACAUCGUAGCAAAUAUGCCGAUCAGGUUAGAAAGCAUGGGAGCUGUUAAUGUUAGCCCUUCGAAUCAAACGGAUUUAAAAGAUAUCGAAUGGUUAACUCGUGGCAUCGAGGAAACAUUACAGUUACAACAACAUCAACAUAACCAUUGCGAAACCGGUCACCAUUUGAAGUCGGUUUCUCCUUCAGCAAGCAGCAUGCCAAGUCGCCAUCCUACUUUUAGUGGCGGUAAUCAGGCACAUGUGCCCAUCGACCACGAUAACAUGGUAAUACCAACUAAACCUUGCAAAGCUGCCUCAGCCGGCACCUGGUUGCCUUACGUUUUACCGUCCGUUCGAGACAGACAUCUAAACCGAGUGAAAAGUAAUUGGCGGCACGGCAACUUCAAUAAUAAUGACAACAAUAACAAAUGGGUUGUGAAGCGGCUAAACCACAGGAACGUGGUCAACAAGAGGAGGAAAAAUUAUGUGUAUAUCGAAGAUGUCCGGACUAGAAACGGUUGUAAUACAGACUACAGGCAUCACCAAAAAUUGCUUUCUACACAGACAUUAAUUCAGGAAGCUGUGCGUCGACUGUAUGGAUUACAUAGAAGCACUGGUUCUACAACCAUUAAUAAUGAUACAAACAAUAACAACAAUCCUAACAGUAGCACCAUAAUGACUACUACUAAUAAUAAUAGUAAUAGUAGUAAUAAUAAUAAUAAUAAUAAUGAUACAUGGAAAAAUAUACUAAUCCCCGAGACGGAGUGAUAAUGUAAAUUUUUUGGUAAUAUUUAAUGUGUAAAUUAUAGCUGCGUUCUCGGAUCGAACGUGUACACGUCAGAUAUCCAGUACUUGUUACUAUUGUUAACUAAUUCUAUUCAGAUAUUAUUAGUAUUAUCAUUAUUACCAUCAUCGUUCAUUAUUUUUGUCCUUUAAAAAUGCAAAUGUUUUCUUUGUCAAUGACAGUCUUUUUUUAAAAUAUGUGUGUGUAUAUGCAUAUAUAUAUAUUGUGUUACAUCUCUAUGGUUAUAUUUGUGUGUAUAUAAAUAUGUGCAUGGUCAUAAAUAUAUGCA